CAACUCGUCCUCUCUGUGCCCGUUGAGUUGCCGGAAACGUUAGACGUGCGGCGGUGUUGGGUUUCUACCUCCAGCCGGAGCUGAAGGGCGUUCGUCACAGCCGGAGGUCGGAGGUCAACGUUUCUGCCGUUGGAUCAGAUCUGAGCAUAAAUGAGUGUUUUCCAGAACUGGCCGCUGACGCUGAACUUUAUCUUUUUAUUGCUGCUGUACUGACGUUUCCUGACAAAUGGGACUCAACGACAGCAGCCCCGGCGCCAUGCGGAACGGCCGCGGCCUGUCGGACCAGUGGGCAGAGUCGGUGGUGGUCCGAGGCCGGACCACGGAGCGCCACAUCACUGUGCACAAACGCCUGGUGCUGGGCUUUGCCCUGUCCAUCAUUACCCUGAUCAUCGUGACGGUGGUGGCCGUGGUGCUCAGCCUGCGGUUCGACAGCUGCGGCGGGCGGGAUCGCAAAGGAUCUACCGGGGAGAUGGGUUCCAGGGGGUCCGGAAAACUGAGCGGGAACAGAGGGGACAAGAUGGGGGAGAGAGGGGACGAGGAGGUGGUCCAGCCCUGGAAAAACUCUCGGCUUCCUGGUUCGGUGAGGCCUCGACACUACGACCUACGGCUCGCCGUCUACAUGGACAACUUCACCUUCUCUGGAGAAGUCAGCAUCGAAGUGGAGUGCGUCAACGCCACCCGGUUCAUCGUGCUGCACGCAGAUCGCCUCGAGGUGGACCGGGUGUCCGUCACGGCCGAGAGCGGCGCUGGCGGCCGCCCCGCCAACAGACCAGGGGGCGGAGUCAUGCGCAUCCACCGCCACUUCUCGUACCCGGCCAACCAGAUGUACGUGGUGGUUCUGCACCGCGAGCUGAAGCCCCUGAGGGUUUACCGUCUGAACGUGAGCUUUGACGCCGCCAUCGAGGACGAGCUGCUGGGCUUCUUCAGGAGCUCCUACACCCUGCACAGAGACAGACGGUACCUGGCGGUCACUCAGUUCAGUCCGAUCCACGCCCGAAAGGCCUUCCCAUGCUUCGACGAGCCCGUCUACAAGGCCACUUUCUCCCUGAGCCUUCGCCACGACCCGCAGUACACGUCUCUGUCCAACAUGCCCGUCGAGGCCAGCUCGCUGUCAGACGAGGACGGCUGGCUGAUGAACCGCUUCGCCCGGACGCCACGCAUGUCCACAUACUACCUGGCCUGGGCCGUCUGCAACUUCACCUACAAGGAGGCGGAGACGGACAGCGGCGUCACGAUCCGUCUGUACGCCCGGCCCGAUGCCAUCUCGAGCGGCGCAGGGGACUACGCGCUUCACAUCACCAAGAGGCUGCUGGGAUUUUACGAGGACUACUUCAAAGUCCAGUAUUCACUGCCCAAGCUAGACUUGUUGGCGGUGCCCAAACAUCCGUACGCCGCCAUGGAGAACUGGGGCCUGAGCGUGUUCGUGGAGCAGAAGCUCUUGUUGGACGCGGAGGUCUCGUCGUCGUCCUACAAGAUGGAGCUCACCAUGGUGGUCGUCCACGAGAUCUGCCACCAGUGGUUCGGGGACCUGGUGACGCCGGUCUGGUGGGAGGACGUCUGGUUGAAGGAAGGCUUCGCUCAUUUCUUUGAGUACGUCGGCACGGACUUCCUGUUCCCCAAGUGGAACAUGGAGAAGCAGCGGUUCCUCACCGACGUCCUCCACGAAGUGAUGCUGCUGGACGGUCUGAGUUCGUCUCACCCCAUCUCCCAGGAGGUGGAGCGGGCCACCGACAUCGACAGAGUCUUCGACUGGAUCGCCUACAAGAAGGGGGCGGCGCUGAUCCGAAUGCUGGCCAACGUGAUGGGACAGCCGCUGUUCCAGAAAGGACUCAACGAUUAUCUGCUGAGUCACAUGUACAGCAACGCAGCCAGAGACGACCUGUGGACCAAGCUGUCCCAGGCCAUGCGUUCAGAGGGGCGGGACAUCGACAUCGGGGAGAUGAUGGACAGGUGGACGCUGCAGAUGGGGUACCCCGUGGUCACCAUCAGCAAGAACCAAUCGGAGCAGCUGCCGACUCAUUCCAUCACCGUCAGCCAGGAGCACUUCCUGUACGGAGAGGAAGUGAGGACAAACCUCAGUUUGCAGUGGCAGGUUCCACUGACCGUCGCCGUGGGAAACUCAUCGUCCGUCUGCUCGGAGAGCCUCAUCUGGAUCAACAACAGGACAGAAACCCACCGGACUGGUCAGAUGGACGACAACACCUGGUUGUUGGGUAACGUCAACCAGACCGGAUACUUCCGCGUCAACUACGACCUCCACAACUGGAAACUGCUGAUUCAGCAGCUCCACACCAACCCUCAAGUGAUCUCAGUUGGAAACCGAGCAGGGCUCAUCGAUGAUGCCUUCAGCCUGGCCAGGGCGGGGUACCUCCCACAGGGCGUUCCCUUGCAGCUGAUUGGCUACCUGCCGGAGGAGACGUCUUUCCUCCCGUGGCACGCCGCCAGCCGCGUGCUGUACCAGCUGGACAAGCUGUUGGACCGCACAGACGAAUACCGGCUGUUCAGUGAUUACGUGCUGAAGCAGGUUGCAUCACGCUACCAUCAGAUGGGCUGGCCCACCAACGGUCCUGGACCUGAUGGCAGCAUCCUGAAGGCGUCGUACCAGACUGAAGAGCUGCAGAGGGAGCUCAUCAUGUUGGCCUGCAGCUUCGGGAACAAGCAGUGCCACCGGCAGGCCGUGGCCUACAUCUCUGACUGGAUCUCCAGCAACAAGAACAGGAUUCCUCCAAACAUCCGUGACAUCGUUUACUGCACUGGGGUCAGCCUGAUGGACGAGGACGUGUGGGAGUUCAUCUGGAUGAAGUUUCACUCCACCACCGCUGUUUCAGAGAAGAAGAUCCUGCUGGAGGCCCUGACCUGCUCAGACAACACCUUCCUCCUCAACAGGUUACUCAAUCUGUCUCUAACCACGGACCUGGUUCCGGAGCAGGACGUGAUCGACGUCAUCAUCCACGUGGGCCGAAACCCUCAGGGUCGAAACUUGGCCUGGAAAUACUUCAGGGACAAGUGGGACGUCCUGAACGCUCGGUACGGCGAGGCUUUGUUCAUGAACUCCAAACUCAUCAGCGGGGUCACCGAGUUCCUCAACACCGAGAGAGAACUCAACGAGUUGAAGGAGUUUAUCGAGUCCGGCGCCGUCGGGGCGGGGCCUGCGCUGCCGCGAGCGCUGGAGAUCGUCGAGGGCAACGUGCGCUGGCACCGUCUGCACCGUCGGCCGUUCUUCCAGUGGCUACGCAAACCUCCGAGCGCCACCUUCGGCUAACGCUCUGCCUCUUCGCCGGGGUGAAGCGACUGCUAACUGGCUGCUAAGCUAACGCACUACUAGCUAACGGAGAGGGUCGGAACAAAAACGACAGCGGGAAAACUGGCUCAUCAGACGGUUUCUGACCUGGUUUUGUUGUAAAAAGAAAUGUAUUCACUGCUGAUGGACGUUCUGAUCAAACCCUGCUGAGAGAGUGCUCACGGUGUGAGCUAACGAGUCGAUUCAGUCACGACUGAGUUAGCCUCGACACCUCCCCAGUGUUUGUGUCACCGUAAAAAACACCAACUGCAGUUAAAUUAACAGCAACUAUUCAGCCUUUAAGUUUCAAAGAAACCCUGAUAAUGUGAUCACUUUAUUUUCAAUUUAUAAUCUCUGACCUUUUAGUUAAAUUAAUGAAACGUGAAGCUGACGUGAUGUGGAAGGUAA